AUGACACCUCCUCUUCCCAUCCACUCUCUUUCAGAACUCGAAUCACAAAUAAACGUCCUCCCAAACGGGAAAGCGCGAAAGCCACCGAUCAAGCUCAGCGACUGUGCGUUGAAGGAGUUGGUGCAGUACAAGUGCAAUAUCUCGGUACCAAAGGAUGACACAAAGGAGCCACCGACGAUUAUAUGUGAGCCUGUCGUGAGGUUGUUGAGACAAUGUGAGGGCGGAUUGAGCGUUGAGACGACAGCUUGGGAGGGAUGGAAAGCGAAGCAAAAUAAGAGCGCAGCUUGA